AUGAACUAUCUCUCUCAAAUCAUAGAAUAGAGCGAGCUUUCUGAGCUACGUAAUAGACACUAGCAUGAGGGCUUGGCAAGUGAACAUUCUGCUCCUCAGCAAAAUAUGAGUAGUAACUUCUCAAAUGACCAAAUUUAGAUUAAUGAUUCUUUGUUGACCAAACCCUACGAUACACCCACAACACCAGCAAACUAUCAUUUUGGCAGAAUUUCGUCUUUGUCUCGUAAUAUUAACAGCAACAGCAUCAACCAAAUCUUUCCACCUCAUGUAUUUUCUCCUACCCCUAGGUACUUAAAUCCUUUAAGCCCUGAGCAAAAUCAUUAUUUUUCUGGCCCGAUGAUAGAAAGUGCCAUUAAUCAAAGUGUCUAUAAUCAUAAUCCUAUUAAUUAUCCUGACUUGGAAGAAUUUCACCAUAGAACUCCUCUCCCCUCUUCUCAUUUGUAUAAUAAUAACCUUAUACAAUCUAACUACUCAUAUAGAAAUACUCCUAUUCCUAUCAGCCCUCACAUGCCAAUAAUGCAAUCUGGAGGUGGGCGUAUUCUGAGCUCUCAUUAUCCUGAUAAUUGCUAAUUUACUCCUUUAUAUAUGCAAAAUAAUAUUAAUAGCAAUAACAACUUAUUCAAUUAAUCAUAUUUAACACAAACACCCUAAAACUAAAGCCCUUUAUAAAAUUUAGGAGGGAUUAGAUGUGAUAUAGAUAAUGUGGAUAACUAAGGUUAAGAAUCUUAAGAGAAUGAUGAUCCUUUUGGUGAAGGUAAUAAUCUAGCUUUUCAUUUUGCAAAUAGAAGAAGAGAUGACGACUAAGACGAUAUCUAACAAUAUGAAAGUAGAUAAAAAAAGUUAAAAGUUGAGGAAAAAGAAUAAAAUUAAAGAAAUUAAGAAGACGAUAAUGCUGAUUAAAAUUCUUACACUGAAAUUAAUCCCAUGAAUGGUAUUUACGGGGAAUUAGAUAAAAAAGAGGAAAACCUAAAUUAGGAAUAAAACUUUAAUAACAACACAGUUAUAACAAGAAAAUAAAAUUUUAAUAUCUCACCUGAAAAUCAAAAAUAUUAAAACACUCCAUUGAAAAAUAACUUUGAUAACCAAAGUUUCAUGACUCCAAACAAUUAAAAUUUUAUGACUCCAAAUAAUUAGUAAAAUCCAAAUACCUAAAUAGACACAAAUCUCUAAACUCAAACUCAAAAGCAAAAAAAUGCACCUUACAACAACAGCAAUCUUUUUUAAAAUAAUCAAUUUGAAAUUCCUUCGAACUAACGCUAAAAAAUUAACAGAAUUGCAAAUCAAAAGCAAACAAAUGGUAAUUGCACAGCUUAAAAUGAUGGUAAUGAUUCUGACGAUGAAAAUAAUGGAAAUCGUAACGAAAGAGGUCUAAGAAUUUUAAGUAAAGAAGUACUUGAAAUAGUCCGUGAAAAAAAUGAAACCACUUAUAAAGAAGUUACUGAUGAAAUUAUUCAAAAUCGUAAAAAAAAUAAUUAAAAAUAAGUAUAAGAAGAAUAGAAUAUUAAAAGAAGAGUCUAUGAUGCAUUGAAUGUUUUAAUAGCUGCAGAGCUAAUAACUAAAAGUAAAAAAUAAAAUAAAGUUAUACAAUACAAUAAACCUUUAAAUGGAAUUUGCUCUAACAUCUAAAAAAUUCCAGUAAGUAAGAACUCAAAAGAAGGAAUUAACAAUGUAGUUAGUAACAACUAACUUGAAAAGUAAUAAAAUCAAAAAACAUACUUAAAAAACUCCUUGGAUUCUAAAAAAGAUCGCUUAAAAAGAAAACAUGAAAUUCUCAAAGACUUAACUUUAAAGAUGCUUGCCUCAAAGCAUCUUAUUAAAAGAAAUGUUUAGAAUGAGCUUAUUAAAAUGAAAGAAGAACAAAAUGUAAAACUUGGAAAUUCUGCUUCUUCUAAAGAUUCAACUCAAACUCUCAAAUGCAUUUCUUUGUCCAAGGGCGCAUCAACUAAUGGAGAAGAAUAAAUAAAACUUAAAUUUCCAUUUAUUGCUUGCUAAUCCCCUCCAGAUAAUUCUAAAAUGAGUUUCAAAAAAUUCACAAGUGGACUAGCUAUCUGUUCUAUGAAACAACUAAAAUUAAAAGGUGAUAUAGAUCUCCUGGUUUAAAUUUAUGAAAUGGAUACAAACACAAAUAAAGGAAAUGACAUUUAAGAAUUUUUAGAUCCUGAACUUUAUCAAUUUUUAAAUGAGGUUCAAUCCAAACUUUAUGAUGAGGAAGUUAAAUUGGAAUAAGAAUUCACUGUUAGCAACAACAAACACAUUCAACAAAUAGUUUAAAAUAGCAUUCAUAAUCAAUAAACUCAAGAUAUUUAAAAAAGCAGACAAUAUCAAGCUAAAGAUCAAUUGAUUCAUAACAUUAAAAACGAAGAUGAAGAAAAUAGCUCUUAGAUUACCACUAAUUAAUUAAAUGAUGCAAGAAAUGACCUUGAAAACUAACACACUAAUUAGACCUACUAAGUAAUUUAAGGUUCUGAGAUUCACUAAAACUGUGAUGAAUACGAAAAUUAUAUCAAUUGA